AUGCUACGGUCUUUAUUCUUUCCCGGCCGCAUUAUCAUUCAGUUGAUUCCCAAAACAGCCAAAGGAACAUACUUUGACAGGAUGAAGACCUUGACCAACAUUGACCUCAUCGACCAAGUCGACUCGUAUCCGUACAAGGAGAAGGGCAACGCACCCCAUGCUGAGACUUUUGGGUCUGUGUACACCCUCAUCUGGAAAGACGAACAGGGCGACGUGCCUCUCGGCUAUGUCCUGCCCAGGGUAGUGGACGAGCUGCUCAAGGUACCUGACAGCAUCAAGGGGGAAGUCCAAGUCGACUCGGAGAGGCGCACUCUUUGUGCCUUCCAAGCGCCAACGUUAGAAAGCCGCAGCAAGCUGGCAGCAGAUCUCUCCGAUUACUGGAGAGCCAAUGACACCUUUCCCAUCCUCCGAGGUUGGCGCGACGAGCUAUGGCCCGUGUACGGCCGCAAUGGCGAACUCCUCUUCGACAUUGAAAGAGCCGCUUCAGGGCUGUUUGGCGUCAUGAGAUAUGGCGUUCACCUGACGGCCUUCGUGCGUGACCAUUCAGCGAGCCACGGCAUCAAGAUCUGGGUUCCGCGUCGCUCUCCCACCAAGUCGACCUUCCCCGGCAUGCUGGACAAUACCGUUGCCGGUGGACUGAUGACGGGAGAAGACCCCUUUGAGUGUGUUAUCCGUGAGGCAGACGAGGAGGCCAGCCUGCCGGACCAAAUAGUUCGCCAGCAGACCCAGUUCGUUGGCGGCGUCACGUACAUUUACAUCACCGAAGCAGAGGCGGGCGAGGAGGGGCUGAUCUAUCCCGAAGUUCAAUGGAUUUAUGAUCUCGAACUACCCGAAGACGUCGUGCCACAGCCAAAGGACGGCGAAGUUGCCGACUUCAGCCUGUGUACGGUCGAACAGGUCCGCGAAGGACUCGCACGAGGUGAAUGGAAGCCAAACUGUGCGCUGGUAGCUCUCGACUUUUUUAUCCGCCAGGGCAUUCUGACCAGAGAGAACGAACCCCAGUACGAUCAGAUUGUGCAAAGAAUCCACCGACGAAUGCCGUUUCCUGGUCCGCACAAUCAAGAUCCGUCUCUUGGGGCUAUUGAUGGUUGA